AUGAGCAAACUCAACGCAAAUGCUUUCUCUUUCGUCCCCGGUCAGACCUUCCGUGUGCCUCAGCAGAACACUCAGCCUCCCCCUCCUCCCAUAGAGCGACCUCCUCAGACUGAAGCACCUGCGCCUCCUCCUACCAUAUCUCUGAACAUUGGCGGCUCCAAGCCGGCCACCCCUCCCGCACAGAAAGAACCUCCCGCAGAUGCUUCGCCCUCCAAGCAGCCAGAACCACACAAGCCCAUCUCCGCUGCCGCCGCCCAUCCUGCAGCCAAGCCAGCCUCACGAGUCGAAUCGCCGGCACCGGCAGCCGCGCCAUCGUCAAAGACGUUCUCCUUAGAAAAAGCAAAGACUGACACCGCCGCGAUCGCACAAGAGGUGCAGGCCGCUGCAGAUGAGCAAACCUUGAGAGAUUUGUUCGGCAACGUGAAAGAACAUUUAAACAUCGUCUUUAUCGGCCAUGUCGAUGCCGGCAAGAGCACGAUGGGCGGGAACCUCCUCUACAUCACCGGGAUGGUCGACAAACGGACCAUGGAAAAAUACGAGCGUGAAGCUAAGGAAGCCGGUCGUGAUUCUUGGUAUCUCAGCUGGGCUCUAGAUUCGACACCUCAAGAGCGAGCCAAAGGAAAGACCGUGGAGGUCGGUCGUGCCUACUUUGAGACCGCUUCAAGACGAUACACAAUUCUAGAUGCUCCCGGACAUAAAACUUUCGUGCCGUCCAUGAUAUCUGGUGCUGCGCAAGCCGACGUCGCUAUCUUGGUCAUCUCCGCUCGCAAGGGUGAGUUCGAGACCGGGUUCGAAAAAGGUGGGCAGACGCGUGAACACAUCAUGUUGGUCAAAACCGCCGGCGUAACAAAGGUCAUAUGUGUCAUAAACAAGAUGGACGAGGCUACAGUAGAGUGGUCGAAAGCCCGCUUCGACGAGAUCAGGGAAAAGCUCACGCCAUUCAUUCGGGCUGCCGGCUUCAGUGUGAAGACUGACGUUAGCUUCAUACCUGUGUCUGCUUACACGGGCGUCAACCUGAAAGACCGUAUACCCAGGAAUGUAUGCACCUGGUAUGAAGGACCAUCGCUUCUCGAACAUCUGGAUACCAUGCCGAUGGUAACUCGUAAGGUCAACGCUCCGCUAAUGAUGCCUAUCUCCGAGAAAUACAAAGACAUGGGCACCGUCGCCGUUGGAAAAUUAGAAUCCGGGCACAUGAGCAAGGGAGAUACUCUCAUGCUAAUGCCGAACAAGGACGUGGUUGAAGUUGCUGCGAUCUACAAUGAAAUGGAAGACGAGGUACAGAAUGCCGUCUGCGGCGACAACGUGCGCAUCCGACUGCGGGGCGUUGAGGACGACGACAUUUCCCCCGGCUUCGUGCUCACGAGUCCAAACAAGCCGGUUCAUGCAGUGCGCCAGUUCGAGGCGCAGUUGGCGAUUCUCGAUCACAAGAAUAUCAUCUGCGCCGGAUACUCGGCAGUCAUGCAUAUACAUACUCUGGCGGAAGAGGUCACACUCCCGGCCCUUUUACACUACUUCGACAAGGCUACUGGUCGCAAGUCACGAAAGCCACCGCAGUUUGCCAAGAGAGGACAGAAAAUUGUAGCACUCGUCGAGACACAGCAAGCUGUUUGUGUCGAACGGUUCGUCGACUAUCCUCAACUGGGGCGGUUUACUCUGCGAGACGAGGGGAAGACAAUAGCCAUCGGCAAGAUCACGAGAUUAGUGGAAGGAAUACCAGAAGAAGUCGUCGAUGGUGUGGGCAACCUAUCUGUCGGAGGAAAUGCCUAG